AGAUCUCAGGAUUUUGUUUUGGGGCGAACAAAGUCAAUGAAACGUUUGGCCUGUCUAAACUGGUCGUCAGUUAGGUAUCUUGCCUAAAGAAUGAACAACUUUUUCCCUGCAAGCUUUGGCAUAAAAAAGAAAUUCUCCCGGGUGACAAUGGCGAGUUUUUAUUGCAAAGUGUGUGGUUUUUGGAAUGUUCCCGGUCGGGGAAGGGCAGAUUCUGUUUAUGUGCUCCCGCUCUAUCACCUGUCAUGCAUAUUGUUCAGUGCUUUUGCAAUUCCUAACUAUCCGGACUCGACGUAACGCCAGUUUUUCCUAACCAUUAAGACCUGAUUUUCAUCAAGCAUGAUGGAGAAAGCUAACACAACGCUCAUGAAGAUAUGGCGAUCUAUUCAAGAUUUCCUCCAAAAUAAAGGUCCUUUGGUCGACGGUCUUGGAGAAAGAAAGACUACAGUUUUGUCUGUCCAAGGAGGACAUUGGUGGAGACGUGUCACGUGACCGUGGGUGCCAAUGUUACACUACAAGGGUGUCAGCACCCUGUCAGUUUCCAAACUAAAUACUGGGAAGCAACGAGAUGCAAAAGGCGACCUUUUUUGACAGCGCAGCAAUAUACAGCAGCUAUCCGUAUCAGGGAGCAAAUGGUUUCGGUGAUCAUGCCAAUCAGCAGGUCUAUCCCCCCUCUCAAGUGGAAAAUGACCAGCACCACCCUGCCUACUCCCUGCAGUCCCCUGGCAGCUCAGCUCCACCUGCGGAGUCUGGGGAAAUCACUGUGAGCUGCAUGCAGACCAGUACCUCACAGCCAGGCCACACUCCGGACAUCCCCAGCUGCCUUCAACCCCUGACCCUGGACACUGUACCACCUCCACCAUCUGCUGUUCCCGUUUCACCCACUCAGACCCCACCAAGAAAUUCCUAUCAAUCCAAUGGCAAAAACCCAAUGCACAGCUUCCCUACUGAUGCCUCCAGCAAACAGAUCUUCCCAUGGAUGAAGGAGACGCGUCAGAACUCCAGGCAAAAAACGGACAGUUCCAGUUCAGCUGAAAGUGGUGUAGGAGACGGGAGCCCGCCAGGAUCCGCUGCCUCGAAGAGAGCCCGAACGGCUUAUACAAGUGCGCAGCUUGUGGAGCUGGAAAAGGAAUUUCAUUUCAACCGUUACCUUUGCCGGCCUCGGAGGGUUGAAAUGGCUAACCUGCUUAACCUCACCGAAAGACAAAUAAAAAUCUGGUUUCAGAACCGCAGGAUGAAAUACAAGAAGGAUAAAAAUGUGAAAGGAACAGCGUCAUCUCCCGGAUGCCAGUCCCCUCGAAGUCCAGUAACCCAGUGUUCGGCAGGAGGAUAUAUCGAUUCUAUGCAUUGUCUCGUAAAUCGUUUACAUUAUGAGCCACAUUCACCCCGAUCUCAGUCUUCAAACGGACUUCAACAAAAUGCAUAUAAUUUGUCAACGUCAUAUCCGGUGCAUGUGAGCCGCUCUCCACAUAACUGCCCGCCUCCACAAAAGGGAUGUGCGGUGGCAGGCGUGGUCACUCCAGACCAUCCCCAUCAAGCUAGUGGGGAAUAUGGGAGUCAUUUGCAGAGUAGCCAAUUUUGUGCCAGAGGAGGCUAUGCAGAUUCGAUGGCUAACUCUCGGUCUUCAAGUUUUGAUCUGACUCAUAUUACUCAUCACGCAUCCUCUAACACGGACUACAAUGGCGGGAGCGCAAUGGGAAGCUUCCACCACCAUGGACCGUGCGACCCACAAUCCACGUACUCAGAACUUACUUCGCAAUAUUCUCAGGAAAUAAUGCAGGAAGCUCCCAGGCUGACACAUCUGUAAUUCAUAUGUUUAGCUCUGAUGAAGUGUCCUCGCUUCGUCUAUUAUCUUACCUCUUCAAUGUCCUCACUUGAUUCCGCAUAGGAGACAUUGUUAUGUGCUAGUAAUGCACAUCUCUAAGGUGUUACAAGGGGCUACAGAUGAGUCUAUUUGUUAAACACUUUUUACUAUGGCCAAUCAGGGUAUAUAAACCAUUAUCUAUGAGAAUUUUAUCAUUUUUUAAAUCAUUUAUUUAUACUAGCUUAAUAACGACAUUUUUUGCACUUUUGGGGGAACUUAUCGAAGGCUGAUUGAGGUCUAAAUCAUUCCUUCAAAUGUUUGCAUUUGUUAUGCAGUCUAAAGUAGGCCUAUUUAUUUUGUUCCGAAAAACAAACAAAAAAGGUGUAUUCUUAAUGCGCAAAGUGUUAUGUACAACCUCUGCGAAAGAAGGCAGACUACACGUGGGUCUUUGUUCUCAUGCCCCUAAACACAAGACACAUACGGAACACAGAAGACAUUUACUCAAAAGAUGGUUUAUGUAAUUUAAUGAUGCAAACAUGAACAAUGCAACAAUUUUCAUUGAAUUUAUGUUUUCCUUUAUAAACCGACUUGAAAACAUCACAAAGUAUAAUGUCUAAAUAAACAACUAUGAAAGCAUA